CGUUCCUGGGCCGCUUGGAAGGGUCUCAGGCCAGGUUGAGGACACGGAUCGCUACAAUACAGAACUCCGCUCAUUGCCCGGGCCUCUCCUGGCCUAGAAGUGCAUCGGUGGUUUUUCCUGUUAUGCCCUCCAUCUCGAUGUGAGGCAGGCGCCUUUGGUCUUGUACUGCCCGCUCGAAUGUUCUGCUCUGACGUAUGCAGCCCUUCUUUGGAUAGAUGCUGCUGAAUCUGUAAGAGAUGCCACUGCCACUACCACCACGAAGCUCCAAACAUGAGACUAAGAAAUCUCAGUCCAGCAAAACUUUGCCCAGUGAUCAUGGCCAAUCUGAAAAGAGAGGGGAGAAUUACCAAGCAAAGAUAUCUCCAUCAUCAACUCAGGGACCACUCAAAAAGAGAUCAGCUUUUGAAGAUCUCACCAAUGCUUCUCAAAGCCAAACUGUCCAGCCCAAGAAGGAAGCCAAUAAGGAGUUUGUUAAGGAUAUUUCAAAGAAGAUAAGCAGGAACACACCUGCCCUUGGGUUUGCCAAAAACAAUGAGAUGAAUAUAAAAAGGUGUAAGCUGGAACCCUCACCAGUAGUAGUCUCUGCUACCUUGAUGCUAAACAUGGAGAAACCACUCAUUCUGGAGAUACCUACCAUUUCCAAAACACCCACUAAUGAGGAGGCAUCUCUUUCCAAAGCACCAUUAUUUUUAAAAAAGGAACACACUACUGAGCAUACAACUCUCAUCAAGAGGUCAUUAUCUUUAAAGAAGUGCACAAAUCAGGGGGAGGUGAACUUCCUGGAGCCACUAACCUUGCUGGAAGAGACUGAUAGUAGUGAUAAGUCUGUUGUAGAGCCAAUAACUUUUGGGAAGAAACAUAAAACUGAGGAUGUAGCCAUCACCAAGAGGACAUUAUUCUUAAAGAAGAUGUGCACAUAUCAAGGGGAGCUGGACAUCAGUGCUGAAGAGCAUUCUUUCUUUAUGGAUCUGAUGAACUUUAGGAAGAAGCCUAAAAUCGAGGAGGCUCCCCUCACCAAGGAAUUGUUAUCUCCAAAGCAGAAGUGUACCACUCAGAGGGAGAUGUCCCUUAUGAAUAAACCACUGGUACUGCAGAAAACCACCUCUGAAAAGAAGUCACUCAUUAAGGAGCCAUUGUCCUUCAAGGACAGGCCUAACACUGCAGAGUUCCUUUUCCAGGAGGCAUCUACACUGCAAAAGAAGCAGAUCACUGAGAAAGAGAUGUCCAUUUUGAAGAAAUCAUUGGCCUUGCAGGAGAAGAUUGAUAUUGAAGAGGAUUCCCUCUUUAAGGAUCCACUGGCUUUUAAGAAGAAACCUACCACUGAGGAGGCAAACCUCACCAUGAAGCCAUUAUCUUUAAGGAAGUGCACUACUCAGGGGAAGAUGGCCCACUCAAAGAAGCCAUUAGUAUUGCAGAAGAUCACCUCUGGAGAGACACAAUUGUCCUUUGAAAAGAAGCCUAAGGAGGAGUCACUCUUUCAGGAGCCAUCUGCAUUACAAGAAAAGCUCACCAUUGAUAGGGAGGUGGCUCCCUUGAGGAAGCCAUGGGCGUUGCAGGAGAAUAAAGACAAUGAAGAUGAAUUUCUUACAGAGCCUAUUUCCCUUAGGAUGAAGCAUACUACCAAGGAGAUAGUCCUGAACAAGAAGCCAUUACCUUUAAUGAAGGAGUGUACCAUUCAGGGGAAGAUGUACCACUUAACAAAGCCAAUAGUAUUGCAGAAGACCAUCUCUGGAAAGAAGUCACUCAUUAAGGAGCCAUUGUCCUUUACAAAGUCUACCACUGAGGAGUCCCUUUUCCACGAGCCAUCUGCUUUGCAAAAGAAGCACACCUUUCAGGAGGAGGUGACUACCUUGAAUAAGCCCUUGGCCUUGCAGAAGACUCCAAAUGAAGAGGAGUCACUUUUUGAGGAGCCUUUGACUUUUAAGAAGAAACAUACUAUUGGGGAGGCAUCCUCCACUGAGCAGAUGUUACCUUCAAAGAAAAAGAAGUAUACCACUCAGGAUAAGGUGUCCUGCUUGAAGAAACCACUAGCAUUGAAGACCAUUUCUGAAGAGAGAUCACUUAUUAAAAAGCCAUUGACAUUUAAAAAGAAGCCUACAACUGAGGAGGAGUCCCUCUUUAGGGAAUCAUCUGCAGUGCAAGAGAAGCAUAUCACUCAGGGAGAGGUGGGCCUCUUGAAGAAGCCACGGGCAUUGCAGGAAAAUAUUGAAAGUGAAGAUAAAUUUCUUAUGGAACAAGAUGUCAUACAUCAGAGAGUCUCCACCAAGGAGCUGUUAUUAAAGAAGAAAAGGUGUGCUCAAAUGACAAAAUCCACCCCCCAAGAACUGUUGGACUUGCAAAAUAUCCUUAACAAAAGUAAGUAUCCUUUCUUUAUGGAGCUCCUGUCACUUAAGAAGGGGUCUUCAACAGAGGAGGCAGUACUUACUAAGACACCAUUUUCUUUAAAGAAGAAGCAAAUCACUCAGGAGAAGCUGUUCCCCUCCAAGAAGCCUCUGGCUUUAGAGAAGACCACCUCUGAAGAGGAGUCACUCUUUAAGAAGCUGUUACCCUGUAAUAAAAAGCCUGCAACUGCAGAGGAAUUCCUCUUCCAGGAUCCAUCUGUAUUGAAAAAGAAGCACACCAUUCUGCAGCAGGUGCCCCUCUUAAAGAAGCCAUUGGCCUUGCAGGAGAAGAUCACCACUGAAGAAGAAUCACAUAUUAAGGAACCAUUGACUUUAAAAGAGAAGCCUACCACUGAGGAGGAAUUCCUCCUUCAGAAGCCAUUUUCAUUGCAUGUUAAACCUAUCAACAAAGAUGAAUCCCUUUUCUGUAAGUCUUUGGCCUUGCAGAGAAUUGAUACCAAAAAGGACUCCUUGAAGAAGCUGUUGCCUUUGCAAGACAAAAGCACCACUGAAGAGGAUUUCCUUUUUAAAAAACCAUUAGUUCUGAAGAAGGAGCUCUCUGCUGAGGUGGCAACAAACAUAGAGAGGCAACUAUCUUUAAAGAAGAGGCCCACUGCUCAGGUGGAGUUGUUCCUAUUGAAGAAGCAGCUGGCCUUGCAAGAGAAUAUCAUCAAUGAAGAGGAAUCCCUUAUUAAGCAGCCACUGCCCUUGAAGGAGAAGCCCAGCAUUGAAAAGGAGACCAUCCUGAGGGAGACCUUGGUCUUGCAGGGGGAGCCCAGCAUUGAGAAGGAAACAUUCUUCAAGGAGUUCUUGACCUCUCAGGAGAAAGCCACAAUUGAGGAUGAGACUAUCCUGAAGGAGUCCUUGGCCUUGCAGGAGAAGACCAGCAGUGAGAAGGAGGUCCUCUUUGAGGAGCCAUUAAGCUUUCAGGAGAUGCUUACCAUCAAUGAGGCAUUACAUUUUAAGGAGAUAAUUGCCUUGAAUGAGAAACCUACCAGUGGGAAUGAGAUGUCCUUCGGGAAAUCAUUGGCCUUGCAAGAGGAUGCCACUUACAAAGACACCCUUCUCAAAGACUUCUUUAUCACCCAAGUUGAGACCAGUGCACGUAUGUCCAGCAGUGCCCCUGAAUCUGGAACAGGCAUGUCUAUCGCUGCUACCAUGUCCAGUGUGGGCGUGUUCAGUACUACAAGCAAGUCCAGUGCUUGUGAAUUUAGUUCCAAUAAAUCUUUUUCAUCUCAGGGCAAAAGAUCACAGAAGGAGAUGACCCCAUUGGAGGAUAUUGACAAGGACCACAGUGAUCCAGUUUUCAACUCAAUAUAUGCCAAGGAUAUCUUCAGUUACAUGAAAGAGAGAGAGGAAAAGUUCAUACUUAAAAAAUAUAUGAACAGGCAGAUUGACAUCAGCAGUGACAUGAGGGCCAUUCUUGUGGACUGGAUGGUGGAGGUGCAAAUGUCCUUUGAGAUGAGUCAUGAGACCCUGUACUUGGCAGUGAAGCUGGUGGAUCAUUACCUUAUGGAGGUAAUAUGCAAGAAGGACGAGCUUCAACUCACUGGUUCCACUGCUUUGCUGAUUGCAGCAAAAUUUGAGGAGACCAGCCCACCUUGUGUGGAUGACUUUCUGUACAUCUGUGAUGGUAUUUAUCAGCGAGAUGAGAUGCUCGCCAUGGAAAUCAGCAUCCUACAAACCCUCAAAUUUGAUAUCAACAUUCCCAUCGCCUAUCAUUUUCUGCGCAGAUAUGCUAGGUGUAUGUGUACGAGCAUGAAGACAUUGACCUUGUCCCGCUUCAUCUGUGAGAUGACUCUGCAGGAAUACGACUAUAUCCAGGAGAGGGCUUCCAAGCUAGCUGCUGGCUCCUUCCUCCUGGCCCUCUACAUGAAGAAGCUAAAACACUUGGCUCCUACUCUGGAGUAUUAUAGUGGCUAUAAAAUCUCUGAUCUCCACCCCUUGGUUAAGCAGCUGAACAUCCUCUUGACUUUGCGGCAUCAUUGCUGUACACUCAAGACUGUGCUUUCCAAGUAUUCUAACCAGAUCUUCUUUGAAGUCACCAAAAUCCCCCCCUUGGACGUGUUGAAGCUGGAAAAGAUUUGAAACUACUACUACUACUUCUGAGGCUGAGGACGUAGUACUCUGGGAGCAGCCACCAGGGCCAGGCAGGCAUCUAAACAGGCUGUAUUUAUUCUGUCCUUGAAUUUGUCUUUUGGUUACUU